CAAGUCUAAGGAAGAGCAGAAAGUAUAAAUACCACCGAUAUGUCCAGACUGCAGCGGUGCUGGUGAGUGGUACAACAAGACUUAGCUUGGUUUGGGAAUUGGGAACGACAACUCAGACUGAAAUUAAAUGCCAGACACAGUUUAACUAAGACUGCCUUUACAGCACUUUAAAACCACUUUUCAUUUGAAAAGAUCUCUCAUUUUGAGAAGAUAGUCUUUCGAUCGGAGAAGACGAGCCACUUACCAGAAAAAGGAUUUACAUUGUAAUCAGUUCUUUACUUUUUAUCACUCUUGAGUGCAGUUUCCCUUGCUGAAGAUGUAUUCCACGGUGCAGUUGAUCUUUUUAUCCAUGUGCGUAAUGAACGCGGCACUUUCCACUCCAUUUGAAUCAGAGGAUAUUGUACCUGUACGGAUAAAUGCAAGAAUGAGCGGUCGCUUUUGGAAAAGAAGCGAGGAACAGCCGAGAUUUGUCCUCAGAGCAUUUGGCAAGGACUUGACUCUAGAUCUUAUACCAGAUACCAGCUUUAUCGCUCCUUCCUUCACCAUACAGCGUAUCAAAGCCAGAGAUGUUGGCGCUUUACGCAGCGAUUCAGGUGCCAAAGCUGUCCUGGAAGCAGAUCUCCAGAAUUUUAUGAACCAGACAGAAGACAAUGAAGGACAGCUGAGGAGCUGCUUUUAUUCUGGGAACGUAGGUCACGAUCAAAACUCGGUUGUGGCUGUCAGUUUGUGUUCCGGCAUCUUUGGCUCCUUUAUAACGGAGGGGGAAGAGUAUUUAAUUGAGCCAAAAGUUAAGGGCGAACUAGGGCCAGACUCUACGGAACAGCUGCAUGUCAUCAAGAGAAGGACAUUCACCAAAAGCCGCGGUCUUUCCCUCCUGUUUGAUCAUUCGGCGGAGGAGCACCGAGCGGAGAAGCACAACGGGGAAAGUUUUACGCACGACUACAGUGACGCACAGAGGGAACCUCGCCGGAGACGCUUUGUUUCCGCGCCACGGUUCAUAGAAACCCUGGUGGUAGCUGACUCAACCAUGACCCACUUCUAUGGAGAUGAAAUAAAGCAUUACAUUCUGAUCCUGAUGUCCAUGGCUGCCCAGCUUUACAAGCACCCCAGCAUAAAGAACUCAGUAAACAUGGUGGUGGUGAAGAUGUUAGUAGUGGAGGACGAGGAGGUUGGCCCAGAGGUCUCCAGCAACGGAGGCGUGGCUCUGAGGAAUUUUUGCUCUUGGCAGCAGCUGUUCAAUCCACCAAGUCAGAGGCACCCAGAGCACUAUGACACUGCCAUGCUGUUCACUAGAGAGGACAUCUGUGGACAGAAGAGCUGUGACACACUGGGUGUGGCCGAUGUUGGGACAAUGUGUGAUCCCAAGAGAAGCUGCUCCGUUAUUGAAGACAAUGGCCUGCAAGCUGCCUUCACAGCUGCUCAUGAGCUUGGUCAUGUGUUGAGUAUGCCUCAUGAUGAUUCCAAGACCUGUGAGAGGCUGUUUGGAGAUCUGGGAGGACAUUACCUGAUGGCUCCUCUGUUUGUCAGCCUCAACAAGACAGCACCUUGGUCUCCCUGCAGUGCUCUGUACAUCACAGAGUUCUUUGACAAUGGACAUGGGGACUGCCUGCUGGAUGUCUCAGAGAGUACCAUGCCAUUACCAAGAGAGCUUCCAGGCACCAAGUACAGUCUGGACCAACAGUGCCAGCAGAUAUUUGGAGAAGAGUUUAUCCACUGCCCCAACACCUCAGAUAGUGAUAUCUGCAGCCAGCUUUGGUGUCAAGAGGAUGGGACUCCACAGUGCACUACCAAGAACGGCAGCUUGCCCUGGGCUGAUGGCACCCCCUGUGGCCUCAACAGGACCUGUCUGCAUGGAGCAUGCAUGUUGACCGAUGAGGUGAUGCAGCCACUGGUGGUUGUGGACGGCGGCUGGAGCUCAUGGGGACCAUGGCAGCAGUGCUCCAGAACAUGUGGAGGUGGAGUGGAGUUUUCCUACAGGGAGUGUACCGACCCUGUGCCUCAGAAUGGAGGGAAGUACUGUGAAGGACAAAGGGUCCAAUAUCAGUCCUGCAACACCCAGCCCUGUGACAUCAGUGAAGGGAAGAGUUUUAGAGAGGAGCAGUGUGAGAAGUACAACAGCCCCCAGUACCUGGACUACAAUGGAAAUAUAAAACAGUGGAUACCAAAGUAUGCUGGUGUUUCUCCCAGAGAUAGAUGUAAGCUGUUCUGCAGGGCCAGAGGCAGCAGUGAAUUUAAGGUGUUUGAAUCCAAGGUGAUUGAUGGGACAACCUGUGGCCCCGACACCACAUCAGUGUGUGUUCAAGGCCAGUGUGUAAAGGCAGGCUGCGACCAGGUGAUUGGAUCCAACAAGAGACUGGAUAAGUGUGGAAUGUGUGGAGGAAGUGGGCUCACCUGCAGAAAGAUCACAGGCUCCUACAACAAAGCAAUCUAUGGAUACAGUGAUAUUGUCACAAUUCCCAUUGGCGCCACUAAUAUAGACAUCAAACAGCGGAGUCACAGAGGAAUCAAACACGAUGGGAACUACCUGGCUAUAAAGAGAGAGAACGGUGGUUACAUCCUCAACGGAAACUAUUCUGUAUCCACGGUGGAGCAGGACAUUCCUGUGCUGGGUGCUGUUCUGAAGUACAGUGGCUCCUCCACCACACUGGAGAGGAUCCAGAGCUUCAGGCAACUGAAGGAGGCCAUCACUAUCCAACUCCUGGCCACUGCAGGGGAUGCCAACCCUCCUAAGGUCAAAUACACAUUUUUCAUCCCUAGAGAUGUGACCUUCAAUAAAUCCAAGGAGAAGAAGGGCUCAACACCAUCUUUGCAUAUGAUCCAUCCCUUUGGUAUGCCUGACUGGGUCCUGGGUGAGUGGUCUGAGUGUUCCAAGAGCUGCGGAUCUGGAUGGUCCAGGAGGAACGUUGAAUGCCGAGACAAUGCAGGCUUCACCUCCAGCCAGUGCGACAAAGGCCUGAAGCCUGUAGACAUCAGGCCUUGUGGGGAUCUGCCAUGUCCCAUAUGGCAGUUGGGACCUUGGUCCACCUGCUCACGAACUUGUGGCCAGGGUCAGCGCCGCCGCAGUGUAUUCUGCAUAGACUACACUGGGAAGACUGCUGAGCCAGAGAAGUGCGAUCCGAACAAAAUUCCAGAGCCAGUCAUCGGAGAAUGUCUCGACCAGGAGUGCUCAUGAGGAACAUGAGUAGAGUGAACCCAUUUUGGUUUGACUGCACUUACCAACCAUGGAUGGAUUAUUGAACAGUCAUACUGGGCAUAGGCCUGGGGGAUCAGGGGACUUAAUAACUACAAAGAGACAAGAAACACAGACACAAAAUAACUAUGAAGAGACUCAAAACAAUUACAAAUAGACACAAAGCAAGAACAAUGACAUCCAAAAUAACUCCAGGGACAUCCAAAAUGACUACAAAUAGACACAAAGCAAACACAGAGACAAAAAUCAACCACAAUGACUCCAAAGAGACACACAUUGGCCAAAAAGAGACACAAAAUGACUAUAAAGAGAUGCAAAAUGACAAACAAGAUCUCUUUGUCGUUUUUGUGUCUCUGAGAUUCUGACAGUUCAGGGUCCUAUGUUGGAGGGGUGGGCUACCCUUUUACAGGUCUGUGCUCAAGGGCCCAUUGUCUCAUAAUCUGUCCAUAGUGCCAACUGGGCGCAUCAAGUCACAUCAAGGGCAUUUGCCUGAAUUUUCCUCUUUCUUUGUUGACAUUUGACAACCACUAUUGAAAUUUGAAACAAUGGAAAUCUACCUCAUGUGAUGUAUGUAUAAAUGCUAGAUGAAGGUGCUGUGUGUGUGUUUUCUUCAGAAUGAGAAGUUUUCUAGUCCUGCUUUAAACAGAAACUAACUUCAUGGAUAAAGUUUGUUCUGCAAUUUGUCUUUUCUGAGUUAGCUGUCAUUUAAAGUGGGGCUAGAACAAUGGCAUGAAACCUGCUGUCAAACACCAGCACAGUGUAAAUAUACCUCCAAUUAUCCUCUACAGCACUCAGUCCCCUAUAAAGCUUUGAUCAGGCCAUUUACCUAUUAUUGAGGUAGGUCCAUGAUUGAGGCAUUGGGAUUCAAGCCCUGUGGGAAUGCACACCUGUUUGAUUCCUUGUCUUUUCUGCACACAUACAAAAAAUGUGAUUGUAAUGGAGAUGUCAUUUUUUCCAUCCUGAAACUUAGCAUUGUUGAACUAUGGGAAAGCCAUUCACUCACACUACACCUGGUAAUAUUUUGGAUUUAAAACUGUACCAGUUAUAGCUUCAUUGAAAUGGACUGUUCUGUUCUGUUCAGUGACAAACUACAUGUAUUGGUAGAAUUGGUAGAAAUUAAUAGAAUUUAGAUUCACAUGCUGUGUAAAGUUUUCAGCCUAGAUAAUGACUGGUCAUUCCUGACCAGAAAAACUCAUGACAGAAUUUCUCUCUGCCCCAUAGUUUAAUUUUCGCCUUUUCCCAGGCACAUUAUAAUGCAGCUGAGAGGAACAGUGGUACAAACAAUUUGCAAUGCAACAAAUGUUUCUUUGGAGGUGUUGUUACUAAGUUAAGUUAUUAGCAUACUAUCUAUCAUGUAUAUGAAAAAUAACAUUGUUUUAUGCAUUUUCAGACUUUUAUUUGUAAACCCUAACAGUUGUUUUCAGACUUUGGUAUGUAUAUUUGAUUUCUUCAUUCCUGUUGUUAAUUUACAGUAUAUUAUAAAACAAAAGAAAUGAAGUAUUAGGCCUAUAUCCCUUCAGUGAAGGACCAUACUAUUUUAUUGUUACAGCUUCCUUUUUAAGCUAUUUAUUUUUGUAAAGUUUUUACCUUGGACUUGUAAUAAAAUGGCAAAUGCUGCUGUCUUUGAGAUUUUUGUCAUAAAAAUUGUCAAAUAAACACAUUUAUGUCAAGA